UUGUUUGCUGUUCGGGUUAAUGUAGUGUCGGAAAACAAUACACAACUGGUUGACAGUGUGUGCAACUUUUACCGUUACGGUACCGGACGGUUGUGUUGGUGUUAAUUCAUUCGCAAGAAGAACCGAUCAGCAGCUUGACCAUUUUUUUAACCGCAUUCUUUUUGCUGGAUUGAUAAACGCGGAAGCAGAAGAUGUGGAUUGUUAAAUUCCAGAUUAACCGAUAAUCUGUUCCGUUGAAAUAGUGUCGAUCAUAUACAAUUCUGUGCUGGGAAAAAAGUGUUGAAACACAGUGCAAGUAACAGAAACUGAUCGUGUAGCACUAACACAUUGCCGUGCUGCAUUUGUUUUGCUGGAGAAUGUUGCGUCGUGGCUGUGUGCGUGUUUGAUCGCUGAAGUGAGGUGAAAAAAAGGAUCAUAUUUCACAGGAGGCCCCACUAAAACCUAAUGCAUGUGCAGUUUGCUUGAAGUUUGAAAAUAAUCAAGUUAAAAAAUUUAGAAAUUUAUUGUGUGUGACGCUGAUUGUUCAAGAAAAAAGUAAAGUGAAUCCAGCCUACUUAUCAUCGCAACGGCACAGGAAACGCGUGUGCGUGUGAAGGAAUUUUUUUAUUUUGCCGAAUGCGAAUGUGAACCACACAGCAACAGCAGAGAAUAAUAAAAACGGCCAGAAUCCUACAGGUGUGUGUUUGAUUUUCCCGCUGAUCUUUCGUCGAGGUCUGCCGUUUACUGGCACGUUGUACCCUGUACACCCGUCUCAGCUCAGCUCAAUCGUCCCCGUUUGUAUCGAGGAGCGAGCAGCGCUCGACCAUCGCCAAUCGGCCGACGACCGACCGUGAGAAACCCAAGAAAAAGUGGUUGAUGUGGAUUGGAAUACGAGAAUACGACGAGUGUUAUGGGUUGGGACAAAAAGUUUAAACACAGGAGCGUCCGUGUUGUUUUGGGUUGUCGUGCUUGCUUUGAAGUUGAGUGAGGAUAGAUUAGAAGAAGAAGAACGCCAACGAAAUUGGACGACAGCGUGUUGUUGUUGGUGUGGUGGAGUUUCUAAAUGCACUGUUCGCCACCCCCGGUGUAAACUUCCAGAAACGGUGUUUUUUUUUGCUGCCACGUUUGACUACGGAGUGUUUUGCGACGAUUUUUACGACCUUUGCGAACAGCUUCUGACGGCGAUGUAAAGUGAAAUAGCUCAGUGUGAAGCAAUGAAUCAACAGUCGAGUCGAAGUGAACAACAUCCAGUACAACAGUAAAUUGUGUGUAAAUCUCCAUCAAAUGAGCAUUUCACAACAACGAAAAAAAAGAAGCAGAAGAAGAGUUGAUUAGUACCCCGAGCCAAGAGUACACAUUAUUAUUACAUCGUGAAAAAAAAGAGUACCAGCGAAAAAGUGUGUUUGAACAACAAAGCCCAAGCAUUGUUGGUUGGUUUCGUGCGCUUAUCUACUCUACUCUACUCGACUCUACUCGAUUCGAUGUGAGUUGAUGUGACGACCGCGCGCGCGAGCAAAUAUUGGAGGUGAAGAGGCGUUGCUGCAUGCAUUAUUGUCUGUGUGUCUGUGCGUGUGUUUGUGCCUAUUUUUAGUGUGAGGAUUUCUCAAUCCCCGUCCGCGGCCGCCGCGAUAAGAGUGAUAACAGAGCGCGUCCGACUCAUCGCGGCUGCUUGCAUUGCAGCCUAGCUAGGGAGUUGGUUUCAGAAUUUUAGCCCGCGUGUGGCGUGUUGACGCGUAAUUUGUGAGUUGAGUAAGAGAAAAAAAAGUAAUAUCAAUUUCGUACGUCGAAUGGAAAAGUUAGCAAAGUUGCAAUAGGGAAUCGAAAAAUGGAAGCCCACGAACGACUGCUGGCGCGGUUGGAUCGACAAAUAACCCGGCAGGAAAGUAUGCUGCUCCGCAGCAACAGCAGCAGCCGGGAUCCCCCGGUUGAAGGAUUCGCUAGAGUAGCGAACAGUAAACGAACCAGAUUGUUGGCCCCCGUCAGGUCGGGUCGAGCACUACUAUCAGCUUGGGCGUUGGUGCUACUGCUGGGCGGCGUUACGCAGCUGUCGACAAUUAGUGCAGAACCGCAGAUGCAGGCGCCCCGCUUCACGACCCAACCAUCCUCAUCCGGUUCGAUGGUGAACGAAGGUCGAACCAAGAUUCUCCAGUGUCAUGCUCUAGGUUAUCCGCAGCCCAUGUACCGAUGGCUGAAGAACGGCGUCCCGGUGGGGGACUUCGACACUAGUCAGUACCUGAAAAUUCAAAGUACAACACGAGACGAUGCCGGUUCGUACCAGUGUCUGGCGAAAAACGACGCCGGAACGAUAUUCAGCGAGAAAAUUGACGUCGUGGUGGCUUAUAUGGGCAUCUUCGAGGAUCUGAACGAGCAGGUCGUUUCGGUGCAGUCGGGCUAUCCGGCGGUACUGAAUCUGUCGCGGAUAGAGUCCGUGCCGGAACCGUCCGUCACCUGGCAGACGGAGGAAGGUCCGCUGAACUACGACAUCAAGUACGCGACAACGGCCAACAAUCAGCUGAUUAUUCUCAGCGUCGACGAAAACGAUAUGAAGUCCUAUCGGGCGCGUGCCAUCAACACCCAAAUUGGCAAGGAAGAAAUCAGUGCGUUCAUUCGGGUUAAUGUGACUGGCAGUGCGUACGGAGAGGUGGCACCGGAGAUUAUCGUCGAACCGAAGAGCAUGGAAGUGGUUCGGGGAGAGCAAACUGUCGAACUGGAGUGUAUUGCGAAUGCACGGCCCCUGCAUGAGUUGGAGACGAUUUGGUUGAAGGACGGUAUUCCAAUUGAAAAUUCUGGCGUUCAGUAUACUCACACGGAUCCGUGGAAUCGAACAUUGGCCUUGCUUUAUGUGAAUCUGACGCACACCGGGCAGUACACUUGUCAGGUGCAGAUGCGAACCGGUGGACAUCCAACGGUGCACUCGAUGGCAACCGUAACUGUGCAAGAGCCACCGUCGUUUUUCACACCUCUGCGAACGGAAACCUUGGGCGAUUACGGCUCGAAAACUGUGCUGCCGUGUGACGUAAUCGGUGAACCGAUUCCCUACGUCACUUGGUUCAGAAACGCCGAAGGUCUUGAUCUGUCCACCGACCGGUACACCGUUCUGGACGAUCAUUCGCUGGUCAUCAAAAAGCUUAGUAUGGAGGAUUCGGCUAUGUUUCAGUGUUUGGCCAGCAACGACGCCGGCGAGAAGUCCAGCUACACCUGGCUGAAGGUCAAAACCGCCAUCCCGAUCAUGGAAUUGCCACCGACGAAUCAAACCGUCCUGGAUGGAAAAGACGCCACCAUGCAUUGUCGAGCAGUCGGCGCUCCAACGCCAAACAUCACUUGGGUCUUCAAUGAAUCGCAAGGUAUCGAACCUUCAGGUCGCGUUCAGAUUCUCGACACCGGCGAUCUGCUGAUCUCCAAUGUACGAGAAUCUGAUGCUGGACUGUACACGUGCAUCCGCGCGAACGAAGCCGGAAUCGUAACCGGUGAAGCGUACCUCGGAGUCAUGGUGCGAACGCAGAUCGUGCAGCCACCGGCGGACACAACCGUACUGCUCGGUCACGUCGCCGCACUGCAGUGCAAGGUUUCUUCCGAUCCGACCGUCCCGUUCAACGUCGACUGGUACCGAGAGCCACAGUACGUGCCCCGUGUUUCCUUUUCUGUGUCAUCCUCCCAACAACCUAGACUAAUUUCUUCCCCCAGACGGCAGCCGAUCAAGAAUAGCCAACGUAUUGCGGUGAAAGCCGACGGGACGUUGGAGAUCCUCGAGGUGCGCCCGUCGGACGUGGGCCAGUACUCGUGCAUUGUGACGUCGCCGGGGGGCAACGAAACGCGCUCGGCCCGGUUGAGCGUGGUGGAACUUCCGUUCGCACCGACGAACGUGCGGGCUGUUCGGUUGAACACGGCUACCCAUCGGGCGAUCAAUGUUUCGUGGACUCCCGGCUUUGAUGGGAACAGUGCCGUGCUGAAGUUUAUCAUUCAGCGGCGCGAAGUGCCGGAACUGGAAAUUUCAGGACCCCUGCCGGAUCCGCUGUUGAAUUGGGUUACCGAGCUGAGCAACGUUUCGGCCGGAUCGCGUUGGGUGCUGCUCGCUAAUUUGAAGGCCGCCACGGCUUACCAGUUUCGUGUGAGUGCCGUCAAUCGAGUCGGCGAAGGUUCGCCGUCCGAUCCGAGUAAUGUGAUCAAGCUGCCGCAGGAAGCCCCAUCCGGACCUCCGGUGGGAUUCGUGGGAUCAGCGCGAUCUUCUUCGGAGAUUAUAACUCAGUGGCAGCCCCCGUUGGAGGAGCAUCGAAAUGGGCAAAUUCUAGGUUAUAUCAUUCGCUAUCGACUGUUUGGGUAUAAUGCGAGUCCUUGGAAUUACCGGAACAUCACCAACGAAGCUCAACGAAACUAUCUGAUUCAGGAGUUGAUCACGUGGAAGGAUUAUGUGGUGCAGAUUGCCGCCUACAAUAACAUGGGCGUUGGGGUUUAUACCGAGGGAGCGAAGAUCAAAACCAAGGAGGGUGUUCCGGAAGCUCCACCGACGAACGUUCGUGUCAAACCGGUGAACUCGACUGCGGUUCGGAUAUGGUGGAAACCUCCGAAUCCCCAGCAGAUCAACGGGAUCAAUCAAGGGUACAAGAUCCAGGCCUGGAGAUAUGAAAUAAUCGAUGGGGAAGAGCACGAAACGGAAGCAAGGAUGAUUACCGUUCCUCCGAGUUUGUUGGAUCCCCUGGCCGAACAGGACACAAUUAUGGCUGGACUGGACAAGUUUACGACCUACAAUGUGACGGUUCUUUGCUUCACGGAUCCCGGUGAUGGGGAGCGAAGCUUCCCGAUCGAGGUACGAACCAAGGAGGACGUCCCCGACGAGGUCAGUUCCCUCCAUUUUGACGACGUCUCCGACCGAGAGGUAAAGGUUAUGUGGACUCCCCCCAAACAAAUCAACGGCAUCCUAACCGGUUAUCAGGUCAAGUAUCACAUCAAAGACAAACCUUCCACGGUUAAGGUUUUCAACAUUAGUGCCAACACCACCAGCCUCAAGGUCGUCAAUCUGAUGGCUACAACGCACUACUGGUUCGAGGUGACCGCCUGGACUGCAAUGGGUGCCGGACUUCCUCGAUCAGCUACCAUUCAGUCCGGGGUCGAACCGGUCCUUCCACAUCCCCCCUUCCAGCUAGCCCUAUCCAACAUAGAAGCCUUUUCAGUGGUCAUCCAAUUCACCCCGGGUUUCGACGGCAAUUCCUCAAUCACCAAGUGGACCGUCGAAGGUCAAACCGCUCGCAACCUAACGUGGUUCACCGUGUACGAAGUACACGAUCCGGAUGCUUCCACGCUAACCGUAACCGGUCUAACCCCAUUCACCCCUUACCGGCUUCGGAUCAUCGCCUGGAACGUUGUGGGACCCUCGGAACCAUCCGAACCGACCAAGGACUUCCAAACCAUUCAAGCACGCCCGAUGCAUCCGCCGUUGAACGUCACGGUCCGCGCGAUGAGCGCCACCGAGCUGCGCGUUCGCUGGAUUCCCCUCCAACAGACCGAGUGGUUCGGCAAUCCCCGCGGGUACAACAUAACCUAUCGAAAUGUAAACGAAAAAGCCCAAAUUAUGGCAUUCAGUGUCAUCAUCGAAGAUCCCACGGCCAAUUCGCACGUUUUGGACAGCCUAGAGGAGUGGUCCGUGUACGAGAUAUUCAUGAGUUCGGUCAACGAAGUUGGGCAAUCGAACGAAAGUCCUCACGCUUUCGAGCGUACCCGAGAAGCAGUUCCCUCAUUUGGUCCACUCGCCGUGGAAGCUAAUGCGACUUCCUCGACCACAAUCGUUGUCAAGUGGGGAGAGGUUCCGAAGGAACAUCGAAACGGGCAGAUCGAAGGCUACAAGGUGUUCUACGGUUCGGCUGGACGAACGCAGAUUUUGCACAAAACCAUUCCGAACAAUUCGACCUUUACGACGACGCUUACGGAGCUGAAGAAGUUCGUUCAGUAUGAUAUUCAGGUGUUGGCGUACACUCGAUUGGGGGAUGGGUCGUUGAGUACACCUCCGGUGAGGGUGCAAACCUUCGAGGAUACUCCGGGAGCUCCGUCGAACGUGUCGUUCCCCGAUGUGUCGUUUAGCAUGGCGCGGAUUAUUUGGGAUGUUCCGGAGGAACCAAACGGGGAGAUUUUGGCAUAUAAAGUGACCUACCUGUUGAACGGGUCCGGGAGUUUGAACUUCAGCCGGGAGUUCCCUCCCUCGGAUCGGACUUUCCGAGCGACCCAAUUGCUAGCUGAACGGUACUACCUCUUCAGUGUCACCGCUCAAACUCGCCUGGGUUGGGGUAAGACCGCGGCGGUUUUGGUUUACACGACGAACAACCGAGAGAUUCCGCAAGCUCCUUCCUCACCUCAGAUAUCCCGUUCUCAGGUGCAAGCUCAGCAAAUCACCUUCAGUUGGACGCCGGGUCGCGAUGGCUUCGCACCUCUGCGAUAUUACACGGUUCAACUGCGGGAAAAUGAAGGACCGUGGAGUUUGAUUACGGAACGUGUAGAUCCCGCAGUCACUUCCUACACGGCUAUUGGACUAAAACCCCACACGCUCUACCAAUUUCGUAUUCAAGCAACCAACGACAUCGGACCUUCUGCGUUCAGUAGAGAAAGCAUAGAAGUACGCACCUUGCCUGCGGCUCCUUCCGAAGGUAUCUCCGGUCUUAAGGUGGUGCCAAUAACAACCACCAGCGUUCGAGUUCAGUGGAACUCCCUGAGAAAAACCUUAUGGAACGGUGACGCCAGCACCGGAGGUUACCGCAUCCUCUACCAACCGAUUUCGGACUUCCCUUCCACCCUUCAAAGCAUUCCAAAGCUAGACGUGAUCGGCGUAGAACAAGAAUCAGCGAUUCUAAAAGACCUAACGCAGGAUCGAAACUACGAAAUCAUUGUACAGCCGUUUAACUCGCAAGGCUCCGGCCCGCCAACGCCGCCGGUGGCCGUCUACGUCGGUGAAGCGGUACCCACCGGGGAACCUCGCGGUAUCGAGGGUGCUCCGGUGUCAUCCACUGAAGUCCGCCUCCGCUGGAAGGCACCACAGCAAAGCAUGCAGAACGGUGAACUGUUGGGCUACAAAAUCUUCUACCUCGUAACGGAUUCACCGCAAGAGUUGGAGGAAGGUCGCCGCCACGAGGAAGAGAUCGAAGUCGUUCCAGCCUCCUACACCUCACACAGUCUUGUCUUCUUGGAUAAAUACACCGAGUAUCGGAUACAGAUCUUGGCGUUCAAUCCGGCCGGUGAUGGUCCUCGGUCGACACCGAUUACGGUUAAAACUCUGCAGGGACUUCCUGGGCCUCCGAGUAGUUUGUCCUUCACCGACAUUACCAUGAACAGUCUGAAGGUCGGCUGGGAUCCGCCGAAGAAGCGGAACGGCGAGAUUUUGGGCUACAUUGUGACGUACGAAACCACCGAGGACAAUGAAAAAUUCAGCAAACAAGUCAAGCAGAAGGUUUCCGGCACGAGCCUACUGAUCCAGAACCUGGAGGAGGAAGUCACCUAUACCUUCACGGUGCGAGCGCAAACCAUCGACUACGGGCCGGCACUGAGCGGUAACGUGACCACCGGUCCGCAGGAAGGCUCGCCCGUGUCGCCGCGCGAUCUGCUCCUAUCGAAAUCGCAGGCCAGCGUCGACAUGGCCUGGACGAACGGUCCGUCCGGCAAGGGCCCGAUUCUAGGUUACUACAUUGAAACGAAAAAACGAGAUAUGGAACACUUUUACAAUUACGACUCCCGGUGGGAAACGGUAGCCCGUACCACCAACGGUCCCAUCCAGGAAUUCACCGUCAGCUUCCAGAGUUUGCUACCGUCGACGGCGUACAAGUUCCGGGUGAUCGCGUACAACCGGUACGGCAUCAGCUGUCCGGUUUACUCGGACGAUGCCAUCCUAACACCGUCGAAACUGUACCUUGAGUACGGCUACCUGCAGCAGAAACCGUUCUACCGACAGACCUGGUUCAUGGUGGCCUUGGCGGCCACCUCGAUCAUCAUCAUCAUAAUGGUUAUCGCGGUGCUGUGCGUUAAAAGCAAAAGCUACAAGUACAAACAAGAAGCCCAGAAAACGCUGGAAGAAUCGAUGGCCAUGUCGAUUGACGAACGGCAAGAGUUGGCACUGGAGCUGUACCGUUCGCGGCACGGCGUAACGAGUGCCAAUGGAACCCUCAAUGGGACCGGUACGCUGGGACGGCGAACCGGUACGAUUUUGGGUACCCGAAAACCACAAACGUCCGCUGCUGCUGCGGCAUCGCUGGGCAAGUCCCCACCCCGGCCGUCACCGGCUUCGGUGGCGUACCACAGCGACGAGGAAAGUCUGAAGUGCUACGACGAGAAUCCGGACGACAGUAGCGUAACGGAGAAGCCGUCCGAAGUGAGCUCCAGCGAUUCGCAGGCCUCGGAGAGCGAAAACGAGAGCGUCCGGUCCGACCCGCACUCGUUCGUCAAUCACUACGCCAACGUGAACGACUCGCUGCGGCAGUCCUGGAAGCGGCAGAAACCGGUGCGCAACUAUUCGAGCUACACGGACUCGGAACCGGAGGGUUCGGCCGUGAUGAGCCUCAACGGGGGACAGAUCAUCGUGAACAAUAUGGCCCGGUCACGGGCACCGCUGCCCGGCUUCAGCUCGUUCGUAUGACCUUCGUCUUGCGAGGGCAUGCUCGACGAGCUGGACGCCAAGCUGAAGGCCCGAACGAUCGCCGGCAACGGGUGUGCCGUGGCCGUCGUAGACCGUUCGGGUGGUGGCAGCAGCGUAGUUGGUGUCAGCGCGAGCAAAAGCGAAAACCAUCUGUCCUGAUACCGGCCGCCGCCCGAGGGCGACAUGCUGCUGCAUGCCAGAGGUAGUAGCUGUAGGAAACUUGUUUGUGAUACAAAAGUUUUACACCUGAAAAUUUAGUGUGGAUGGAUGACUCGCGAGUGAGUGAGUGAGUGAAUGAGAAUUAGCUAAGACGCGAACCAGUUUGUUUUUUUUUUAAUUCGAAACGGAAGGGUGAGAUUCUGUCAAAGAUGCAACACACAGUAGGCCAUUUCGCGUUGUGCGGAUGCGGGCGGAAAUUGAUUUUGUAUACGAUCCGCCCGCCCGGAAGGGAUGAAAAGCAUAAUCAAAAAUGUGACUGAUUUUUAUUCUUUACUGUAGAAUAUUCAAAUUUAGUUUAGACACAAUUUAGCUACUACUUUGUCGUAAAACUACUUAGAAAACUACGCAAUCGUUUUGACGAUAGUGAAAAUAGUUUUUAAAACAAAAUAUUAUAGAACUGAUACUAAACAAAAAUUUAUGCUGUUGUGUACAAUACCGAGACAAAAACAAAACUAACGCAGACAAAAGUUGUAGCAAGAGCCAUACUUUGCAGACAGAAUGUGAAAUUUUAAAACAUUGCAUGAAAAGCAACAAUUUAUUAUUGGUUAGGUGGUGCAAUAAGCAAAACGUACAUUGUUAUUAUUCGAUCUCAAGAAAAAAAAAUUAAAAUAAAAAGAAAGGAAACAACAGCAAACGAAGGCACAAACUGAAUAUACCUUUUGCAUACCGAGAAGGACUGCCCGAUUUUAGAUUUGCGGUACUUAUUUUACAAUCUGAUUCACUGCCACACAUUCGAUUUCCCAGUAUUCUUGUACCGACCAAAAGCACACCCGAACCCCCUCCACGGCCACGGAACAUUAAUCGCGUGUGUGAUGUGAUGAUCGAAAAAUAUGAUCCCUGUCCUGGAGCAGGGGGUGAGUGGAAUGGAAGAUCAAUGAGAGUUUUAGAUUUUUGUUUUAUUUUAUGUUGCCUCUUUCUCGUUACAAAAGAAAAAAAACUAUAAUACGUUCCAGACGAUACACAUUUUCCCAGUUGCCUUACCAAGUAUAGCCGAAAGAACGUAGUCGCUUACGGAAAAGCAUGCAUUUUUUUAUGUUGAAAUUGACUAACUACUGUAAACUGUAAAUAGCAAAGGAACAAUCGCAAAUGUUAAUGGGAAGGCAAUUUAUUGGGAGUCGGUUUUGAGCAAGCUUUCCCCGGAGAAAAUUGUCUAGUUACAAUCACUACUAGUGAACGAACAACAAACUGUAAAUGUUUUUCUGUGUAUAAAAUUUAUACAGCAGAGUAGUAAUUUAUGAUAAGAUCUACAUUAUUUUUUAUCUAGUUAGCAUAAUAUAAGGAAUCAAAUUGGACGUCGUGAGAGAAACACCGAAUCCACACGAUAUAGUCUAUCAUCUAUAGGUUAAAAUAAUCGAAAGAGAAAAAAAUAUCGAAAGCACGUCAGUUAUUAGUGCGAAUGCAGCUAAUAUUCUAGAGAGCACAAUAGAUGGAAAAGAGAUACACAAACACAAUUAUACCGAGAUACACAACCACAACCACACAAGCGCGCGCGUUUGAACCUGUGAAUACAUAUGAUGAUGGUGUACAAUCGAAUAACAACAAACACAAUAGCUUUUUAUGAACCCUCUCAUUCUCAAUCAGCAAACUAUACAAAAAAAGCCUUCAAUGCAAAUAUACCUACUUAGAAGUUGAAAUAAUACGCAACACCCGUUAAAGAAUGUGACUCUGUCGAUUACCUGCGUGCGUGAAUUUGAAUAUAAACCAUAUACGACUGGUCACAUACAAUCAGAGAUAGACACAAACACAUACAUACAUACAUACAUGCAAACAUACUUGUACAUCUUUCUAAUCGUUAACGACGAUGACUGUAUCGAAUCAAAAUGAAAAACAAAUGUCAAAUGUACUUAGUCUACUGCUAAAGUUAUUGAGCGGAACUGAAAAGAAGUAUACCCGAGUGUCAUGUUUAGACACUGUUACCUACCACUAAACGCUGUAGCCUGUGCUGUGAGGCUACCCCACUGCUGGUCAAAAGACAUGUUUGUCGUCAACAACUGUGUAAACACGUCGCCAAGCAACGGUUACUGAU